ACAGUCCACUUUUGUAAACAUUUACAACAAAACAUGAUAUACACGAAGCAAGAAUGGUAUACUCCAGCCGAGGUGGCCAUCCACAACCGCGCUGGUGACUGCUGGAUAUCUUUGAAUGGGAAGGUCCUGAAUAUGACGCCUUGGCUCACGCAGCAGUUCAAGGUCUGCAAGUGCACUAAAUCCUGCUCCUGCCCCGUCAAGAACUGGUUCUGUGACGACAACUGCGUGGAGUACUGUAACUGCUUCAAGAGAGGGUUUGCCUAUUGCGACGGGAAGAGGCUUGCCGUGAUGAUAGUAGCCUACGCCGGGAAAGACGUUAGCCACUGGUUCAAGGGCGACGAAUGGGUGAAAUACCUGCACCCUGUGACGGGGCUACCCACCACGUACCAGCUCCAUGGCCACGGCCACCGGCAGCCGGUGGUUCCCUCGACGAGAUGGCGCCCGGUUGAGAAGCCGUGGUGGCUGGAUGAGGGGCUGGUGGUGGGGAAGGCUACUGCGAAGACCAGGCCGAUAAGGAUCACUAAUGGGCAUUUCUACUUAUCUUCGCUUGAAAUCGCAGGCAACACCGUAACCCUGGAGGUGUGCUCCGAAGAGACGCUCUACCAGAUCAUGAUGCGCUACCUGCCUCACAACUCGCACAUGCUCUCCUACUCCUGGCGGUACCUGGGCCGGGGACUGUGCCUGACCAAGACCCUGGCGGACAACGGAGUGCCUGAUGAACGGGACCGCUUCAGCGAUGUGGCUCUACCAGAGAACAUGCACAUACCGGCGCUACUCAUCUACUAUAAUGACGACUUGACUGAAGAUUCCCACCGGGAUGACUGCUUCUGCCACGACGAAGGUUGUGUGAAAUGUGAAAAAGUUGAAGUUUGA